GUACUACUUUUCAUGUUUUUUUAUAGUUUCUAUUUUGAAUAUUACUUUGCUAUAAUGUAGUUACCGCAACAAAACAUAAAACAUUGGCAUUCCAUCUUUGCUGGCAUCAUGCGACCGUACAUGCAUAAUGUGCAUGUUUUUCAAAAUUUCUGUGGAAAUGAAAACAGCUCUGUCAAACCACCAAAUUACAGUUCAUUGCUAGCAAUGUAUAGCAUGAAAUAUAUUCAGACGUCAAUUGCUAAACAUUAGCGAUGUGCAGUCUCCAUGGGCAAUAUUGCUAGCAAUACAGAAUAUUAGCAAUCUUAAAUUGCUCACCGAGAUGCCCCGUAAGAAAGAAUGGCACUCAAAAGAAUCCCGCUUAAGUACCAUAUGGGAUGUACGAUUUGUUUGUUAAAAAUAUGCAUUAGAAAUAUGAAAUUGUAAUAUCUUUUUAAUAAAGUUUUAAUUAAUAAAAACAAUAGUAUACAGUUCUUAAGCAACAUUCAAUGUUAAAUUAAAAGCAACAAAGUAUAAAAAAACAAAAUUUUGGAUAAUGCAAUAUGAGAUCAUAUUGUUAACAAAUUUAAUACUAAUUAACAGACACACAUAUGUGUUUCACUAAAAAAUAACGUAAAGGUUUUUGAAGUGGUACAUAAGGGAAAAUUUGCGUGAGAUGCAGUAAGACACAGGAAGAUAAGAGGGACUGACACUUAAAGGGGACACUACCCGGAUUGACUGUAUGGUACAUAUUUGGAAUAUGAUGCUUUAUAAGUUAGUGUAAUACUGCCGGCCGGACUCGAAAACUGUGCGAGCCAACCAUCCUGAAACCUUUUGUAUUUUAUUGAUGUCAGAGUCGUGAAUUUAUUUUACGUGAUAGAUUUUCCAGAUCAGUUUGUAAUAUUAAAACUGAAUGCUGAGUGAGAAAUGUCAAAUUCCAGUGCCACACCAAAUUUAAAUUCGACUGAGAAUGAACGUUUUGUUGAUAGGUCUAACGAAGUAAAAAACAAUAUCGACAUGAACAGCGAAAAUGAUGGAGAAACGCAGAACGAACCCUUGGAAGAAAAUAAAUAUAGUACUUGUGGAAUUGACAGUCCAAGAAGAGUUGGACCACUUGUACCACCAAAACCUUUCAAGAAGAAACAAAACUAUCCCAAGGUGUCAAUGAGCCUUAUAACUGAACAAGUCUGUGAACUGCAUUAUUCCAAACAAUUGGAUAGUACAUCUAAUGCAUUGCGUAAAUCUUCACCUAGCGCUACUUUAGACAUUCCUGCUGUUUUAGAUCAGCAAUUAGCAGCUUUGACUCAUCAUAAACUACAGUUAGAAAAGAAGGGCAUCUGUUUGUCACAACAUAAUCAAAGCGAAAAACUAUUAUCAGAUGCUCAAAAUUUUCCAAAAUCUUCGCCAUAUGCGCUAGAAACUGAAGAUUGUACAUCUAACAUCAUUUACUCGAAUCCCCAUAUAUUUUCAUCGCCCGUUGAUUUAAAAGCAAUUGAUGCGAACGUAUCUGAACCACCGGCUGAUGCUGAAAAUGUUCUAAAUAAUUUAAGACAAACAAAACUCAGCAAGUAUAUUAGUCAAAAACCUGUUACGAAGCUAAUCGAAAACAAAGAUAAUGGUGAAAUAAUUCAUAUGCGGAGUAAGAUGUCUUCUAAGGUCGUAUGUGAAGAAAACAAAAAAGCAUCCUAGUUUGUGCUAAUAAAAGUUUAUCUGGUAAAUUAUCAUGAGAGACCUUGUUAUAAAGGACUUCAAAUGGUUUCUUAUCAGUAACCGAAUGUAUAGUUUUAUUGUAUUGGUGAGCGGCUCUAUAUAUUGAUUCUGAAAAGCUGAUUAAAUUAUAUUCUUGUUUUAUACAUCGUGAUAUUUCAAUUAUUGUUGAAUGGACCCUCUCUAUCUGACCAUUUGUGGUGCUAUGAUUUGGGUUGCAGAAAUAAAUUUCAAUCUGAAGUCUCUGCAUCGGGGAUUUAAAUUGUACCGUAGUAAAUCCUGGUUCAUUAUCAAUUGUUAUUCUCUUUACAUUAGGGAAACUUUGUAAUAUAUCUAACACUUUAUCUUCUAAAUUAAUCUUAUCUUCAAUUCGUUUAAUAACCAAAAACUUUGAAUAACUAUCGAUACAUGUAAUGAAUUUUAA